AUGACGCUGAAAGCACCGCUUGCCGUCCUCGCCGUGCUCGCGGGGCUGCACUUUGCAACAACGUUGGCCCAAUCACCGUCCGCAUCAUGUUCGAACUCUCAGCCAUUGGUCGGCGCUUCCAAUGCGCCACGUAGUUACGACGGAUCCGUUGGUGUCUACAAUACUCCAUGGAUGAGUCCUCCGCCUGCAUCCUACAAUUCGGGGGCUGGCAAAUGCAUCACCUGGCAGUACACGCCAGCUACUGCUGGAAACAUUUACUUUAGCACCUGCGGACUCACCUCGGAUGAUACCGUGCUGGUCGCUUCGACGGGUACUUGCACAAAUGACUUUGGCGAGACAAUGAUUCUGAUGCUUGAUGACACGAGUGGCUGCCAAUUUCAAACAAUCUUGAAUUUUGAAGCAACGGCAGGAACCCGCUACUUCCUCCAUAUGUGUACCUACGCCUCGUACUAUUUGGAUCCCAGCACAGCAGUCAAGCUCACGUCCGGGCAAUUCAUGUUUGACUUUCAGUGCCCCGCUGGCAUGACGGAUCACGAUUCGUUGGUCGAGACAGCAUGCAUCAGCUGCACAGGCGUGCAGGGCAUCUACGCCCCGGUCGAUUCGCGUGGCGCAUGCUCCACUUUGCUCUGCCCGGCCGGCACCUCGGAUGACGACAGCUCUUCGCUUACUCCUUGUGUUGCAUGCGGUCCCGGCACCGAUACGUCGUCACCUGGCAAAUAUGGUUUGUGCACCAACUUUAAUGUGCCUGCAGGCAAGUACGAUCAUGACUCCAACUCUGCCACCUCGGCGCUGACGUGCCCUGCUGGAAAUUAUGCGCCCGCAGCCGGCAUUUUGUGCACACCUUGUGCGACUGGGUCAUGGGACCAUGAUGGGUCGUCUGCAACCGCAUGCGUUUCGUGCGCGUCCGAGUGCGUGGCUGGGUAUUACGAAUCACCGGGGUGCACUCCCACGACCAACCGCGCUUGCGCCACCUGCACUGCCGUUACCUCCUGCGCCGCGUCGAGCACGACGUGCACAUCACCCACAACCUCGCGCUGCUCGACUUGCCUUGCAAACUUUUACAAAGUGGCGGGUCCCUCGAGCGACACGUGUGAGGCCUGCGCUGCAGCCUGCACCACGGGAACGUUCGAGACUGCUGAUUGCACGGCGACAAGCAAUCGCGUGUGCACCGCAUGCACUGCCAUUUCCGAUUGUGAUGCGACAGUUUCCUGCACUUCGACAAGCAACGGCCGCUGCUCUGCCUGCGCUUCGGGGCAUUACCUGGUGCCCGGCUCUACCUCGGCUCAAGACGCGUGUGCCGUGUGCGAGACCUGCGGCGUUGGCACGUUUGAGUCGCAGGCGUGCACGCAUGCCACCAACCGAAACUGCACGCAUUGCACGCCGCUUGAAAACUGCGCUCAAGUAUCGUGCACCGACACCACUGACUCUGUGUGCGUGCAGUGCCAUGCGGGCUCAUUCUACAAUACGACCAGCCAGGCGUGCCACGCGUGCGUCGAGUGCGCUUCGAACGAGUUUGAAGCCAUCGCUUGCACCUUCCUCACCGACCGCUCAUGCAGUGCUUGCGCCAACGUGACAAACUGCGCGUCUGUGACUUGCACAUCUUUGGACGACUCGAUUUGCGGAUCCUGCACGUCCACCACGUACAUGUCACCCAACGCCACCGCGGGCGACGACGAGCAAUGCUUGCCCUGUGCGCCUGUCGCCGGUUGUGCGCACGCGAACGUGGUGUGCACGACUGCCACCGACUCUCGUUGCAACGCUGCGGCCAGCUCGGCGGAUCCAACUGUCAUUAUUGUUGUUGUCGUUCUAGCUGCAUUGUUGUUGAUUGUUGUACUGGUUGUGCUGCUUGUCAAGCGACGACAACAUCGUCGAUCGCAACCACGUUUCGUUGCCCAACCCAAGGACUCUGUGAAGGACUCGGCCGGUCCGAUCUAUCAGGAGGCGGUUCAAAUGACAGUCUCUCCUUUGAACCAUUCGACGCGACCUGAGAGAGAGGAGGACCAUGCGGUGGUCGGCCAACAACAGCCAGAUCCUUUGUACCAAGCUCUCUCGACCGAUGCUAAAGAGGUGGUCUAUGAUUAUGCAAGCGCGUAUGUUCCCGGCAGCAAUUCGCGUCGCAUCCGUGAAGGCUUGACCAUCGUGAAGCACCUUGCCAGUGGAAAUUUUGGCGAUGUGGCGCUGGGUCAGCUGUCGUUCAGCGUCUUGUCCCCGCGAGCACAAACCUUGCUUGGACCUACAGCAUCCGAAACCGUGCAAGUUGCCGUCAAGUCCCUCAAGUCUGAUGCAGACGAGAAAUCCCGCAAAGACUUUGAGAGCGAGGCGAAACUGAUGGCGCCGUUUGUGCAUACGAAUGUCGUGCGUCUGCUUGCGGCUCUUGUAGAGUCCGAGCCCCACCUCGUUCUGCUCGAAUUCGUGCAAUACGGUGAUUUGCACUCUCUUUUGAAAAAGUCCAAGCUCCACUCGCUUUGGUGGACUCAGAACGAGCAGAUCCACGCCAUUCGUCAGAUUGCGCUUGGCAUGGAGUAUCUGGGCACGCUCCACUUUGUGCACCGUGACCUUGCCGCGCGCAACUGCCUUGUUGGCAAGGGAAUGGUGGUCAAGAUUGCCGACUUUGGGCUUUCUCGCGAACUCGCUUCCGAGAACGACUACUACCGCAUGCAAACGCGCGGCAAGCUUCCUGUGAAGUGGAUGGCACCUGAAACAAUGACCUUCCGCAAGUUCUCGUCCAUGUCGGAUGUCUGGUCGUUUGGCGUGACCGCCUGGGAAUGCUUCACUUAUGGAGCACCACCGUACGGCAAGAUGGACGGUCGUGACACUCUGGCUCAUGUGGAGGCUGGAGGUCGCCUGCCCCAGCCGAAGUACUGUUCACCAGACCUUUAUCGUUUGAUGCUGGGUUGCUGGGACAUGUCGCCUGAAAAACGCUCCACCUUCGCUCAGCUCACCAAAGCUCUGAAAAACUUUGAUGAUGAGACGACGAUACGCGACAUUGGUGCAAUGCUAUAG